CACAAAACUCCUUCCUCGCGCAAGGAGUUGUCUGCAGUAUUAACUGAAAAAGUGUCCAUGGAUCAACGCUUCGAAAAUCUACCGGAAAUAGCAGACCAUCCGGGUACCUUUGGGAUACUUAUUUCAACAUACUACAAUUUGGGACACACUAAUUCUAAUCUCAGAUACUAUUUAGGAUGGAUAGUAGGUGAAUUGGGACGCAGCAUGAAUAUCCCCUUUAAAGUGCAUAGUCAAUGAAAAAGCUGAAUAUCCCCUCUAAAGCGUUUUCCAAGCACUGUUCUUCUGUCUUCUACACCAACUACAUGUCUACAGAAAAACCUGAAUUAUAGACGGCGUAAGCUCACCAGUUGGCUAGAAAUAUUAUUAUAAACUAGUAAAAAUCUUAGUAAAUCUCGGGCCAUUCCCAGCGACCUCUUUUCUUCCUACGUCAUAGCGAUACGUCAGAAGCGCGGGAAAACCAACAGGAAGUGGCGUCGCGUUCUCCCGGCUCAUCAGGCUGCUAAAACAUGGCUACUUCUUCAGUAUCAAAGGGUUGCUUUGUCUUCAAGCCAGGUUCUAAGAAGAGAAAGCGACCUGCAGAUGCAGAAGACUACUUUGUUGGAAGUGGUGACUGUGCGUAUGGCAAAGAACGCUUUAUUACUUGUCAAAGACUUUGGGAGAAGAUUAAAACAGACACAGAGAUAUUGCAGGAUGACUUGAAUAAGAAAAUAUUGGAUAGCCUUUUAGCCUUCAUCAAAAAAUGUAGCUUAAGCUUCCAGUCCAGAGCCAAUGACUGGGCGUCUCUCAUGAGAGCCAACGAAAUACCUACAGCUGCCCUGGUGCUUGGUGUGAACGUACCAGAUCAUGACAUGACGUUUCAGAGCCUAUCUGACCUCCUACAGGAGUCUGUAACCCCCUUUGCCGUCUCUGUACAGGCCAAAGAAUGUGCAGCUCUGAAGAAUCUGAUGCAGAGAGUAUUAGAAAGAUUGAUGGGUGCUCGUGUGUCAGUGGAAGAUGAUGAAGAAGACCCGAGUGUGCCUUUACCACAAAAGAGGGUAUCCUGCUCAAUGAGUGCACUUUGUCAGUGGUAUAAGACAGUUACGAAGAAACAGACUAUGAAGUCGCCAGAGAAGAAAUGCAGUUCAGUAAAUGACUUCUCAGAGACUCCACCAAUUUUGGUGAUUUUCAAAGAUUUUGAAGCUUUUAAUUCACGUGUUCUACAGGACUUUAUUCUUAUCUGCAGUCGGUAUAUCCAGGAGCUUCCGCUGAUCUUCGUCUUUGGUAUCGCCACGUCUCCCAGCACCAUUCAGCACAUGUUACCACAUUCUGUGUCAUCUCUGCUGUGCAUUGAGCUCUUUCAGUCACUCUCCUGUACCCAGCACCUUGCAACUGUUAUUGACAAGCUGAUUUUGACCUCGCAGUUUCCAUUCAAGCUCAAUGGGAAGGUUCUACAGGUGCUGGUGAGCAUCUUUCUGUACCAUGACUUCUCGGUCCGCAACUUUGUUAAAGGUCUGCAGUUGGCCUUGUUGGAGCACUUCCACUCACAGCCUCUCAGUGUGCUCUGCUGUGAGAAAAAGGAGUUUCUGGUCUAUGCACAGAAGUUGAGCCACCAAGAUGUGGAGAUGAUCCGUCAGCUGCCCUCUUUCAUGAGAUAUGUAGAGGCACAGGAUGCACAGGAACAGGUCCAGCUUCUCACCAGUGAUGAACAUGUUAAGGUAGUGUGUCAGAAGUUACUGAAGGAUCUUAGAAAAUACCAUAAAAAUUACUAUCCCAUCCUCCGCUGUCUGCACACACUGACAUCGUCUUUGCCAAAGUAUCCUCUGGGAAAACAAAUAAGAGAGCUGCAUAUAUCCUGCCUUGAGAAGAAUGUAUGGGAGACAAAUGAAUAUGAAUCUGCUAUGCAGCUUCUGAGGUUGCUUGCAAAAGAUGAGCUUGUAACAACACUGAGAAAGUGUGUGGACAUUCUUAAAUCUGGGAAGACAAAGAAGAUGAGAAGUGCAUUGCAGCAGCUGGAGGACUACCUUGUCAAAUUUGAGCAGUUGGACAGUAUGUCUGUAGAGGAUCUUAAUGAAGAGGAAGUUACUUCACCAGGAAAGGAUCUUCAAAAGAAAACUGAUCUCUUCCAACUUCAAAAAACUCUUUUGGAAAUGAAAGGCACUAGAAGAUCGAAGAAAAUGAGUCCAUUUGAGGUGCUGAGAAAUGAGGCACUAGGUGUUAUUGAUGGCCUUGUGAGGAGCCACCUGACACCACCAGAGUUGCAGCCACUAUAUGAAGUAUGCUACUACAACUCCUCGGGCAUUCUGCGGCGCCACCUCAAUGCAACGCCACGUACCUCCAUCCAGACUGCACUUAGCCACCCCUUCUACUACCUGCAGAAUGUAAGCCUGAAAACAGAUGCAGGCACAGUUUCCAAUGCUGCUCCUGAUAUCUGCAUUGCCUACAAGCUUCAUCUGGAGUGUGGGAGGCUCAUCAACUUGUUUGACUGGUUGGAGGCAUAUGCAACAGUGGCCUCGGCUGCAGAGGGUAAGGAUCCUGACUCUGAAGAGUACGGCAAAGUUGAUGAACUCAAGCAUGCUCGUUUCAUCCAAGCGGUGUCUGAGCUGGAGUUCCUGGGAUUUGUGAAGUCAACAAAGCAGAAAACUGACCAUGUGGCACGACUGACCUGGGGAGGUUGUUAAUGUUGAUCCAUUUUGGUGAUAAAUAUGUAUUUGAAUAAAAAUAUUUUUGAUAUGUUUACUGUCUUUCAUCUCUAACAAAUGGACAUGUUUUGUAGAAAGACAAUUAUAUUAAGUGAACUUAACUGAAAUGUAUUUGUGCCUUUAUUCAUUCAUUCAACUUCAGUAACCACUUUACCAGUAACCAAGUCAUAGUGGAUCUGAAGUCUAGCCUGGAAACAGUGGGCACAAGGUGGGAAUACACAGAAAUAAUGCCAGUUUGUGACAUUAAAAAAAAAGGGUGGAGAAUCCAUUGUCCUGAAUAAACUUUAACACUGAUGGUCCCAGUGUAUUGACUGUAGCUGCA